AUGCCACUUCCCAGGCUCCGCACAGCUCCCAUUCGGCGCAUACACAACUACCCCAGCCCACGACGGAGGCAAUUCCACACUACGCCCUGUCUGCAGGAUGCGGCUCGUCCCUCCCAAGACGAAAUCGCACGUGCUCGAGCAUACUGCGCAAACCUAGUCAGAACAUACGAUGCGCCCUCACACAUCCUCCAAACCUUCAUACCGCAAUCCUCCCGAGAUGCUUACCUCGCUAUCCGCGCCUUCAACGUCGAUGUCGCUCGCGUCGCCGAUACGACCAGUACACCUACAAUCGGCAUGAUGCGCAUGCAGUUCUGGAGAGAUACUGUUACCAAGGCAUUAGCUGGCACACCGCCGAAAGAGCCAGUUGCCAUUCUCUUAGCACAAGCGGCUGAGGAUUUACACGAGCGAUCUGAUGGAAAGGCACGGCUAAGCAAGAACUGGUUCCACCGCAUCAUCAAUACAAGAGAACAGUAUCUAGGCAACCCACCAUACCCUACCUUGACCGCACUGGAGAGCUAUGCCGAGAAUACAUACUCAACAAUGCUAUACCUGACGCUUUCGGCACUCCCUCAAGCUUCUCUUACCACAGACCACAUUGCGUCGCACAUCGGCAAGGCCAUGGGCAUCGCCGCUGUACUACGCGGCAUCCCACUCAUCGCCUUCCCUCCACAACAGCCACUAGGUACAAGCAACUCCAUGACAGGCCAAUCUGGUCCCACCCAAGGCGCCGUACUUCUUCCCCUCGAUGUAAUGGCUGAAGCCAAUGUCCGCGAAGAAGACGUCUUCCGACAAGGCGCAUCUGCUCCCGGUCUGCGCGACGCCAUCUUCACAGUUGCAACACGCGCAAACGAUCAUCUCAUCACUGCGCGCGAGAUGCUUUCGAAACUACGAUCAGAAGGUACACUUGGCCAUGACUUUGAACACCAGAAUGAGGAGGAUCAUCAGUAUAGUGUGCAGCAGAUGAACACGGGGCAGGAGGCGCAGUUGGCGGAGGUGGAACAAGCCUUUGGGGUUUUCAUGCCGAGCAUCGCGACGCAGAGUUGGUUGGAUAGGUUACAAGGCGUAGAUUUUGACAUAUUUGAUGCGAGCAUCUGGCAGCGAGGUCAGGAACAACUGACGAACAGGACCAUCAAGGGUAUUGAUGUGCAUUUUUUGAACCCCGGGCUCGAGUUCAUGCUUUGCUCACAACAACCGGACACAUCGCUUACCUGGGCGCCAUCGUUCAAAGAAGACGAUUCUAGAGUAGGCUUUCUGGAUCUACCACGCGAGCUUCGAGAUCUAGUCUAUGAGUUCGCGUUUCGCGUCCCAGGCGCGAUCCUCGUUUACUCACGCGACCCCUUUGCUGUCCGGCCAGUCGCGAGAGCAAUGAACAUCCGACAUGGCGGUGACGGACCGAUUGAACCGCAACCGCUAAGCACUGGCCAAAUACCCGUCGCACUUUGGAGAACAUGUCGACAGCUUCGAGCGGAGAGCAGCCCAGUAUUUUAUGGAAUGAACGUCCUCUCUUUCUGGGCUCUAGGCAACAUCAACGUCGGACUUGCCAACAUGUGUUUAGUAAGGCACGUUGUAACUGAAGCAAGUCCUCGCGGCAUCUUUGACAAGUCUCUCGAGCAUGUGAGCUAUUGCUGGAAGAGACGGUUUUGGCCAGAGAUAUUACGCAAUGGCGAGGCGAUAUUAGAAGAGUUUCCGAACUUGGAAACACUGACAUUCUCAUUGAAGCCGCCGCGUGGGAUGACCUUCAAACCGGCUUUCUUCGCUGUGACUAACAAGACUAGGGAGCAGCGUGUUGGUCUGGUUGCUACUUGGAUGGGUCAAAGAUCUUGGUGGGAAGACGAGCGAAUGCGUCAGAUCUUGCACCUAGAGAUGGUGCCAUCUCUCGGUUUAUCGAAAGAUGAAUACGCAGGUUCGCGAUUCGUUCCUGAAGAGGACGAUGUCUGGGACUGUACAGAGUUUACGGAUGCAUUCGAGCAGAUGAAAGACUCGAUGCAAUCGGACGCGCGUGUUAACGCUUCGAUCGGAUAA